CAUGGGGACACGACUUUGCGACUAAACAACAAACAGGAGUUCAGGUAUAACAUGAAACUGCAGUUAGUUGAAAAUGGGAAGAAAUGCUUCUGAUCUGGGGUAAGGUGGCAAGGGAGCUGACAAGAAUGAAUCUUGUUUAUUUAACCCUAAGCCAUAGUUGAAUCUACUGUCUGAACCAGGCUAGUGCUGACCAGGAGCUGGCUUUUGUAGGAUCAGAUGGCUGGCUUUAAUGUCCGCCUUCUUGCUGGUGAGGUGGGGAAGCCCUUGAGGAAAUACAAAGCCUGGUUUGUCAAUUGGCUGCACUUAAGGCAGAUGUGGGGAGCCUCUCCCCCUCCAGAUCCUGCUGGAGUCCAGCUGUCUGCCCUGUGGACCAUUGCCCAUGGUGGCUGGGGCCAGUGGGAGUUUUAGUCCAGCAGCACCUGGAGGAAUAUCAGUUCCCCUCCUUUGACUUAAGGGCUCCAAUCUCUGCCUGGCCAUUUGCCAGCCUUUUUGUCCCUUUGAACCUUGACCUGUCUCGGAGGUUACAGGUUUUGUCUCUUAAUCUAGUUCUGUGAAAGCUGCAGGGUCUGUUUUAUGAGAGAACAACUGUUAAAGCUGCAUCUUAUCCAAAGAACUAAUGUAUCAUGAAUCCUGAAGCCUUUUGUAAGUUUGGCACCACGUGUAGAAUAACUGAGGAUGAAGGCUGCAUAUGAUGCUGGUUGAGGGGCCAUGUGUACUGGGCACACACCUACAGUGCACAUCUAGUGAACCUGGUGUGGGUUGCUCUUGCCUUGUGGGCACUGAUGGAGACAGGAUAAUCUGUUUGAGGAUUUCUUGGGGAGGAAGAAGAGAGCACAGGCAGGAGAGGGAAAAACUUGAUGGUGGUUGUGGGGUCAGAACAGCUAUGCAACAGUAGCAAGAAAGGCCUGGGAGGAGCACUGGAUGUGCACCUGGUUAGUAGUGAAUCAACUGUAGUGGUUUCCUAUAUGUGUUUCAAAAUUUGGUGAAAAACUUUUCUGGAGCCUGGACAGCUACCUUCCUUACUUUCCCUGCCCUUGCCCGGUCCUUUUCUGGGUAAGGCCCUCAGCUUUAGAAACAGAAUGAAAUGGGAUGUGGGGGAAGGAUUGCUGAUAAGAUUUUUUCCUCCUCUUUGGUUCCAUCCCAGGAACAUUUUCCAACAAUUGGAUCUGACUCUUCCCACUGUGAUUCCUACAAAAGCAUUUGAACCUAGAAUAUUCCUUUGGUGCAAAAAUGGUUAUAACUGGGCUCCUCCGAAGGGCAGAUGAGAACCUGACCAAGAAAAGGCAAUUUAAUGAUUCAGUCGAAGAUCUGAGGAGGCUUUUAGCAAGUACAAUGGUGCCUGCUGCACAGAACUACGUUGCCUGCUUACGAAGACACAAAAUUAUAUUUCAACAGCAAUGUAAAGAAUUACAUUUCCAUCUGGGAAAAAUUAAAGCUUUCAGAUCUCUACAGUUGAAAGGAAACUGGGCAAAAGGAAUAAUAGGAGCUUUCAGUAAGAUUCCUAUUGGAUUCAUUCCCCUUGGGAAGACCAGCACCUUGAGUCACACUCUUUAUCAUGAGAGUGCAAACCAAGUCCAAUGUAUCACAGAUGCCACAUUAUCCAUCCUUAGAGGAGAGACGAUUCCACUUGAUGUGUUGCAGAUCAAGGGAAACAAAGACCAACCUGUGUUUGCUGUAACUGGUUUGAGAUGGGGGUCUUAUCGAGAUGCAGGAGCAAAAGUCAGCAAGUAUUGGUAUCUUGGGCCUCUGAAAAUCAAAGGAGCCCACUUCUUUAAUGCAUUAAAGGAGUGGCCUCAGAAACAUCUUGCCUCUCUGACCUAUUUGGGCCCAACUCCAAGGCCUCCUGAGGAGCCGGAACAGAAGACUUCUAGACCUCCUUUAUACAUCAGACUUUACAAGAGACUGGCAAAUUAUUGGGCUCCUGUCCCAAAAGAAAUCCCCACGGAAGCGACCUCAGAGUCCUGGCAAGAAGUACAGCUGUCUGCCAUUGAAUUUUCUGUCACUACGCAGAACAGAAAUCUUGACUUGAAAAGAACAGAAGACUUCAUGAAUAUUUGCAUUGAACCAGAUACAAUUAGUAAGGGUGACUACAUAAAAAGAGGCAGUCAGAAGAUUCAGGACCCUCACUUAUGUCCUGAGGGAGGCCAGUGUCUGCAGGCGAGUCGGUGCAUCUUGCAGCUUCCAGAGAAUACCGAAGGCUCUUUGGCUAUAGACAAUGAAGAGUAUGAAGCAAUGUCAGUGGAGGUGAAGCUGUUACCCAGGAAGCUGCAGUUCUUCUGUGAUGCUGUUAAGAAAGAGCACAUGCUUCAAGGUGCAUCCUAAUCAAGGCAGGUGAUGUGGCACCUAUUACUAGUCUGGUAUUUACAUUCAGUGAACUGCCUGCAGAUACAGAUCCCUGUAAAAAUGUUCAAGAAAAAGGUGUUAUUUUAACAGCACCACUGACAGAUCCUUUGAAUGAGCUGUGCAUGAAGACUGUAUAUGCUUCCUCAACUUCCAUGAAAACCUUUGUUUUGAGGAAUGAUCUCAAUACAUGAGUAACUGGCUUUGUACAUUCUGUGUUCUCUUGCUAGGAAGAAGAGAGGGUAGCUAUGAUUUAGCCAUUCAUUUGCCUUCUCUUCUGGUUAUUUCUUGGGGGAAGAAUAACUUCCCAGUACAACCAUUAAGCUCAAGCCCUUUUUGGAAAUGUUGGCAUUGGUGUGAGUCCAGAUUUAGUCAUCCUCGAGUUAACCUGUUGAAGUCAGUGGAUCUUAUGCUGGUUAUGAUGAAUUUAAUUCCCAUUGAUUGCAGUGAGUCUAUUUUAUGACAGUUUCUGGAUCCAAUCACCUGUGUAUCCCUAUCAAGACAAUGCAAGUGUCACACUUCCUGGAUUGUUUAAAUACUUUAAAAUGCAAAGGUACUGUCAGACUCCCUGGAUUUCUGCAGUUAAGCACAGACUGUUUCGACUACUGGCUCUCAAUUGGAAAUGAAGAUGGAAAGAGAGAACAAAGUCAGGCUUUUAUGCAUGUAAAGGACAUGUAUUUCUGAGCCGUGGCCUUUCCCAGAAAGUACAAGCUUUUGUGGGCAUUGUGGAUGGAGAAAUCUGAACUCCCAGUCCCUUGGGAAAGGAGACUAAUGUGAUGAAAUCCGCGUAACAUGUCACCUAAUCACUAAGGUGCCAAUCGUUCGUGCUCUUCCAUUACUAAUGUAAACAGUCUUGAAGUCUUUCUCUGUGUCAGAGAAGCAUUAGGUUUUGGAAUUACACGUCCUGUAAAGAUUUUCCAGAAUAAUCAACAGUCACAAAGAGCAGCUGUGUUAAAAGUGAAUUUUAAUAGAGUAAAAAAGGCUAUUAUAGUA